AUGAAGGUGUUGGAGGAAAAUGGAAACUCCCAUAUCGGAUUCAUUUUCGGUAAGGCAAAAGUAGCCCCACUUCAUAGCAACACGAUACCACGUUUUGAACUUUGUGCUGCGGUGCUAUCUGUAGAGGUUGCGGAACAUGUAUCUACUCACCUUGAUGUGACUUUCGAUGAGAUUCGAUUUUAUACCGAUAGCAAAGUGGUCCUUGGUUACAUCAGCAACCAGACGCGACGGUUCUAUACGGACGUGAGUAGUCGGGUUGAGCGUAUCAGACAGUUUUCAAAUCCGAAACAGUGGACCUAUGCAAAUACUCAUGCAAAUCCAGCGGACAUUGCAACACGGAAUUCUCCUGACGUCAACCUGAAAGACAGUAUUUGGUUGACAGGACCGACUCAACUUCAGCAGGAUGUGACUCCAGACAUAGGAGAGGACCAUUGUCUUAUUGAUCCAAAUACAGACAAGGAAAUCAGACCAGAUGUAUGGUUUUCAAAAAUCCACAUGUCGCGUCAGUCGGAACCAAAAUAUUAUGAAAAGUUCUCGUCAUGGAGGAGUCUUGUUGGGGCACUUUCUCUGCUAAGGUGCUUCGCGAGAAAGUUUCACAGAGACAGUGAUGGAAGAAACAUGUCUGGGACAACAGGUGUUCAAGAAUUCAAGGAUACUGAGCAAUUUACCAUUCGCAGUGCGCAAUGGAAGUCAUUCAAGGAGGAGAUCAUGUGUCUGCGUGCCUCGGAUUCGCUUCCCAAAGGCAGUUCUAUCUUGCCUUUGAAUCCUGUCAUUGACAAACAUGGCAUCUUGCGCGUCGGAGGACGGCUCAACAAUUCAAACCUAACGCUGUUGGAUAAAAACCCGACCAUAAUUCCUGGCAAAAGUCAUGUUUCAAAAUUACUCGUUCGUCACUUCCAUGAUGGUGUCAAACACCGAGGGAAGUGA